AUGACAUGCCUUCAGGCUCUGUCUGGGUUGAGCAUGACGGAACGAACUGGAGACCUUGGUCUCGCAAGAAGCAACAGCAGCAGCAGGGGCAGCAGUCCGGCUCGCGCUUGGACAGAAGCCGACGAAUACGAACCUCGGUUCAGUAGGGGAUUCAGAAACGAAGAGUUCGAGAUUAUGGCGUGGCGUGGUGCGGCGUUGGAGACAGACAAGGCAGGCGAUUGA